GCAACUCCCUGGGCUCAGAAGUUCGCCGAACGCGAAAAGGAUCUCUUCGCUUACUACGGCAUGAGCAAGCAGUACGAGAAGGGAGUGGACGUGAAGUCCUUGCGCAAGAUCUUAGAGGAAUCAUUCGAGCGGACGCCGGAGCAGAAGGCCAAGCGCAAGAAGGAG